GCUCCCUUUGAACUGUUCAAUUUCUCUCCAUAUCGGUACCCGCUUGUCAGUCCGGCGUCGGUCCGCAAUGCGCAGAUCACAGGAACUCGCUAGCUCCCUUACUCCUCUCCACACCAUCCUAGUAGUAUCACUCUAUAGUCUAUCCAAGUCCAACUACCUAUCCCUUCAUCAACUACUCUUCGACUUAUUCCCAUUUAGAUUCCAUACACUCAACAUUGCCCUUGAUUUUGAAAAGACUGUCACAGGCUUGUUUUGCCGUACCGUAUGGCGCUACGUCGAUUGUCUUCGCGAAUCUAUCAGGUAACAUACGCAUCUCCAGUCAUAAUCACUCGCCACUCAAAGUUGCUUGAGCCCUGACGAACUCGUGUCGUGAAUCAAGACCAGCGGUGGACACGAUACAAUACUGAGCCCUUCGAAGCCAAGAGCAGGACAUCUCGUAAGGAAGGCCGUCCUUCGGGAG